GCAGUUUUGGUGCAAAAUGCGAAAGCGCUAUUAGAAUUCAAACAUGGACAUAUGUCACUUUGUUUGUUUGUUUACUAAAUAAAAAGUGAGGUUAAGUAAGAAUUAGCAAGAAACUAAUAUUAUAAUUAUUUAUUAAAUUAUUUUGCAAAUUGCAGGGCUGAGAGCUGCUAAUUUAUUUUCUCUUCUUCCAGUGCAUUACUCAGCAGCUCACUAUUAAGCCACAGUGGCUUGGAAGUACAGAAACAAAUAAAUUCUAACUACGCACUGGUCCCAAGUAUGUUAAGAUUUUUCAUUUCGUUCUUUAGUAGCUUAUUUCAAAUGAUGAUCCACAUACUGACAACCAAAAAGCACAUAAUCCAGAAUGUUUUAAGUAUUUACAUAAAAACAACAGGUGGAAAUAUAUCCAUCGAUAUAGACCCAAAAUGCGAUGUUUCACAUAUAAAAAAAAUGGUUGCACCUCAAAUAGGACUUCAACCUGAAGAGUUAAAGGUUAUUUUUGCUGGUAAAGAACUGGGAGAUGAUAUUAUUAUAGAGGAAUGUGACUUGGGCCAACAAAGCAUCUUACACGUGGUCAAAAUAAAACCUGGAAAUGUUCAAUCCAAAAUAAGCGCUAGCAGCACCCCAAACUCGAAAACUUUGAUGCCAUUGUGUGAAUCUUUGGAUGAUUUAAUGUUUUCUGCAAGUUCUGGUAGCAGAACAGCUUCCAUUUCAAUUGGAAAUGAAACAUCUACUAGUGAUUCUUUAUUGGAUGAAAUUGAGGUGGUUGCAAAUAAUGAAAAAUCAAAGCCCAAAAAGGUGCACUUUUAUGUUUAUUGUCCUACUUGCAAAAAACUUACACAAGGUAAAUUAAGAGUUAGGUGUCACUUUUGCAAAAGUGGAGCUUUCACAGUACACUCGGAUCCUCAAAAUUGGUCUCACGUUCUGGAAUCAAAACAAAUAACUGGAACUUGUGAAAAUGAUUCUGAAUUCUGUGAAAACAUUUUGCAAAAUAAGGAACCAACAUUUGCUGAGUUUUAUUUUAAGUGUUCUGAACAUAUAUCUUUAGGUGAAAAUGAUCAGGCAGUUCCCUUAGACUUAAUUCGUCCAAAUUUAAGACAACUACAAUGUCUUGCGUGUUUUGAAAUAACUGAAACAAUAUUUUCGUUUCCUUGUGAAGAUGAUCAUGUAACUUGUUUGGAUUGCUUUGAAGCAUAUUGCAAAGCUAAGUUGUCAGAUAGGCAAUUUUGGCAACAUCCAGAAUAUGGAUAUACUUUAGCUUGCCCAAGUGGAUGUGCCAAUUCUUUUAUUAAAGAAAUCCAUCAUUUUAGAUUGCUAGAUGAUGAACACUAUGAAAGGUAUCAUAGAUUUGCUACUGAAGAGUUCGUUUUGCAAUCUGGAGGUUUGCUAUGUCCUCAACCAGGAUGCGGAAUGGGAAUUUUGGCUGACCCAGAGUGUAUAAGAAUAACUUGCCAAAAUUGCAAAUACGUCUUCUGCAGAAACUGUUUACAAGGCUAUCACAUAGGUUCAUGUGACCCUCCAGAAAUUCAAGAAACUUCUGGUACAAGCGGAGAUUGUGGUACCGAAUUGAAUUGUGAUAAUAGGAAUGGUGCUGGUGAUGAUGCUUCUAGGACUACUAUUAAGGUUAUAACUAAACCUUGUCCAAGUUGUAAAACACCUACGGAAAGGGAUGGAGGUUGUAUGCACAUGGUUUGUACACGAGCCGGCUGCCAAUUUCAUUGGUGCUGGGUCUGUCAGACUGAAUGGACCAGGGAGUGUAUGGGUGAUCACUGGUUUGGAUAACAUUUAUGAAGCUAGGAAAAUGAUUUUCCAAUUUGGUAGUUUAUUUUUUAUUUUGACCAAGUAGUGGUCAAAUUAAUGAUGUUUUUUUUGUGUUAUUUUUAUCUAAUAUUGAAGCAUUGGUGAUAUUCUAAGAAAGAGCAACUUGAGAUUAAAUAUACUUUUGUCUGUGGUUGAAUGCAUGUUUUUAAUAUUCUUCUAAUGAUGUCAUUGGUAAGAUACAAUAUUUACCAAAAAUUCAAUCAUUAUUGCAGUAAAUAAUAAUGUAGAGGUAAGGAAAAUUAUCACUUACACUUUCUUAUACUUGCUCAUUGGAUCCAAAGCGCUGACUAACUUGUUUAGCUGCCUUAUUCGGAAAAACAAAUAAACAACACAGGCGAUAAGAAUCACCAGCACUGCUGCCAUUACACUGUUUAUAAUAAGUAAAAUUUGGUUAUUAUCUAGCUCCUGAAAUAGCAAAAUAAAUAAAAAAAAUUAAGAAAAUUUAUCUCAAACCUACACCAGCCAUGUUUAACUUUUUACUACUAUUUUUAUGACACUACAUCAUUCUCUAGUUUUAAAAUUUGCGUUUUUAUUGUAACAGUAGAUAUGGGAUUAAAUCAGAUUUAAAUCGCAAAUAUUGACUUGAUCCUUAAUAAAGAUUAGAUUAUUCUGGGUGAAAUGAACAGCUUUUCCUUAUCUUAACAGCAACAGGUAUUGUUUAAGCCAUCAAUUAUAAUUUUUUACACAGUUUGAAAUCUAUUGGAAAAUGUGACAUGAAAAUGCAUAGAAUAGAAAUUUUUAUUCUCAAUAAACAAAGGUAUAACAUUUAACAAAAAUAUUUAUUAUUGCAUUGAACUUGACCUAAAUUUUUUAAGACCUAAAAUCACUAGAAACGUUAGCUCCUAGCAUCGUUAACAGUUGCAGGUACUUUCACUUUUAAUCCAUCCAAAUUAUCUUCGAGAAUAAUUUGACAGCCCAAACGAGAAGUAUCGCAUAAAUCGUAAGCUAAAUCCAACAUGUCUAGUUCUUCUUCAGACGGUUUAUUGGGUAGUGAAUUGUAGUUUUCAGGGGAGAGGAUUAGAUGGCAAGUCGAACAAGUUAAAG